GGAGCGCGCCCCUCUGUUCGCACCUACUGCGCAGGUCCAAAUAACCUCAUUCAAUCCACGCCUUGGGUCAUCCACACGCAUUUAUGCAUUGGACUAUUCUCUUUAUUACAUACCCAUUCUGUCCUGACGCACAAAAUUCAAAAUUAAGAAUCAAACAUCACAACUCCAGUGCCAUUUAAAAGUGUUUUAAACUUUAAUAAUGAGUAAGUUACAUGUAGAGAGGUAACAGUAACAUUGGCCUAUUUUCGAAGAAUAUGUGAGAUUUGAACAAAAAGUGCAUAUAGUGUGUAUAAAAUGGUAAUUGACGCACAAGUACAGUCGGCGCCGAUCGUGGAUGUGCCUGAAGAGAAUGACCGCACAAACCACUCGUGCAACAAAGUUAGGAUUGUUAAGACAUUAGACUUGCAGGGAAUACUUUGGCAAUGCGGCCUAAGGGAGAUCUGCUUGGCUGCUCUUUGGCUUCCACUUGGUGCUUUAAUAUUUUGUUAUGUGACAGCGUCUAUAUUCCAAGCAGAUGAUAUUCAUGAAACUCACUGUAGGGUUUACAACGUAGUACCCUCAAUAAGUGCGAUUACCGGCAUCAGCCCGCAGCGGUACGUGUGGAGAAUAUGCAUAGCCUUCCACCUCGGACCGAGGCUGCUUAUCGGCUCCCUCUAUUAUAACUACCAUAAGCAGCGGAACGCGCAUAUUAUUGAAGAUAAGGUUAGAUUGCAAGCGACGCAAUUAGGAGAAGCCUGCUACUGGCUCAACUUGGUAGAGCUGUGCGCCCUCACCGGGGUCACAUAUGUUUCCAAUAGGGAAAAUUACUUUGUACACGAGAAGAUAUUCAUAGUAUUCAUGAUAGCCGCGCUUCUGCACAUGCUGUGCCGCGCGCGCGUCGGCAGUAUAGCCAGCGACACCGUGGAGUCGCUGCGGACCAACAAGCUAGUGUGGACACUGUUCUACGUGGCCAUAGCGGCCACCGUGGGACUGAUCGUGUUCUUCCUGAGGCACCGACUACUGUGCAGGCCUUUAGCUUUCACCUAUUUCUCAGUCUGCGAGUACAUCCUGGCAACAGCCAACAUGGCCUUCCACGCUUUAGUGGUGAGGGAUUUGCCUCUUCACGAGGUACACGUCGUUUGCCCCACAAAUCGGAAGGCGGACUAACAGAACAGUGCACCGCAGAUCCACGUUGGGUGCCAAAUUUGCGCCAGAACUCAACUCACCAUGUGUGUUGCUUGUACACUAAGUGUACUCAUAUUAGUAGGUAUGAUAGCACUGUUAUAUGCUGUCAUGCUUGGCGAGGAAAUGCUUGCGUUUACAUGACUGCGCAUGUAAAACUUUAGGGUGUAAUUUUUAUUUAUUUAUGACUGAAUACUUUUGUGAUGCAGUCAGCUUGUAAUGCAGAGAUAUCUCUUCCAAUGUCUCUCUUGUCGGUUUAUAAUGUAAAUUAUAAGUAGGUUUCUUUUUAUACUUACUAUGUAGUUAUGUAGUAAGCCCCAUGUGUACGUAAGUACCUAUAUGUAGGUCAAUAUACGUACUUCAAUUAUAAGGUUUACAAAGAUCUCUGCAGAGUACGCAUAAGGUUGUAAAUUUGGCAUUUUAAUGCGGUAAAAUUUUGAAGCAAAAGUAAUAGUAAUUAUAAUCAUACUACUUACCUACUUGAGAUUGUUUCACUAUUACACAGCAUAAUGUAAUACACUUACUUCUGCGCGGUUGUUUCUAAUGUUAAAUACGAACGAACGAGAAUUUUAGAUUCUAGUUUACUAAAUAUAAAAUAAAAAGGUCACAAACAACGGUAACUUUCAUCUGUACCUAAUCUUAACUAAAAACUCUCGAGAUUACCUAAUAAUUAACUUUUUCUUGUGUUAAAACGAAAAUUAAGGUUUUGCUAUUAGGUAUAUUUUUUUGUAUUUUAUUUUUAAAUUUAGCAAAGUUUAUCAACAUUAACUACCCAUAAUUUCUUUACCGUUUCGACAACAUUUCCAUAACUUCCGCCCCGCUGUUGAUCAUGUUUAAGUAAAACAACCUUAGAUAAGUUACCUACAUUUAGGAGCCAAAUUACUAGCUAUGAAGUAAACGAUCUCAUAUUCACAAGAACGAGGAAUGUAUUCUCUAUUUAAAAUACAAUCCAUUUUACUGCUUUUUCACUAAGAACUAUAGUAUAAGUCUAAAAUAAAUUUGGCUGUUUCAUACAUUUUGUAUGUUUCAUACAUACAUCAAAACUCCCUGGCAACAGGAAUGAAGUUAUUUUCUAGCCACCGUGUAUACCUGUGGCAGAACUAGCAGAUUGAUAACAUUUAUAUUUCGCCAGGUCAUUAUGGCUUGCAGUGGCAGUUUUUGUUAAUAAGUAAUUCAAAUUCACUAAAAUAUUGAAUAACUUUAUGUGCACCUAAAAACGAACCAAAGGUAUUAAUGACUUGCCAUAUAAGAUAUUGUUUAAGGUUGAAAAUUACAAUGUAAAUUAAACUUAGUAUUUAAGUCGUUAGAAUGUAAUUAAUUUAUCAUUUAGUAAAUUAUGUGAGUAAGCAGCGAAAUAAACGUAACUAUAUUUCGUUUUGUUACUGGAAUUAAGUUGUUAUUUAUUUAGUAAGGGUUAUAUUUUAAGAAAAUGAGUGAUAUUAAUAGCUAAUCAAAUUUCAUUUUUAAAAAGUUUACACAAAAGUUGAAUGCGGCUCCUAUUGUUGAAUUCACUUCAGCUAAGUAUAUUGAAAAACGCAUUUCGUAUAGUGCCUGGGCUAUAACCGCGAAAAUCGAAGUUCGCAAAUUGCGGGGAUUUUUCUCUGUCAUUCUAAUUACGCCUUCAUUGGAGUAAAAGAGAAAGAUCCCCGCAAUCUGCGAAUAUCGGUUUUCGCGGUAGCCGCUCUGCACUUGGGCACCAAUUUUUUUUAAAGUAACAUAAUUAUAAUAUUAUUUUUAAUUAAUAUUUAAUUUCCAAUAACCAUUCAAUCAUCAUUUGAUAUUUGCCAGUCGCUUUUCGGUGAAGGAAAACAUUUUGAGGAAACCGGACUAAUCCCAAUAAGGCCUAGUUUUCCCUCUGGGUUGGAAGGUCAGAUGGCAGUCGCUUUCGUAAAAACUAGUGCCUACGUCAAAUCAUGGGAUUAGUUGUCAAGCGGACCCCAGGCUCCCAUGAGCCGUGGCAAAAUGCCGGGAUAACGCCAGGAAGAAGAAGAAGAUUUAAUUUCCAAUAAUCAUAAUUUUUGAGAUGUUGCCGUAUGCGAUUUGUUUUGUUUAUGGCCUGUACAAACGUCACUGGUAAUCGCGAUUUGCAAUACAUUGCGGCAAUUUAUUUGAUCGAUCGACUGAAUCCGUUGCUCCUUAGCCGGCAAUCACCUCAAAUCGCAUGUAUUUUGUUGCAACGUUUGUAGAAGCCUUUAUGCGCUAUGAAUUCAGAGAGACAUUUUGUUUGUAAAAUUAUAAUAAUCGAUCGUUUUUUUCACAUUUCAAGAUUACUUUGUUUAUUUAGCUAUAUUUUGAACAGUAUUUUUACAAUGUUAUGUUUAUAAGCUGAAUAUAUAUUGCAGUCGUGAAAGUACCUAAUUUGAAGCGGAACGAUCUGCCUUAACUUGCACACUGCCCAUAAAACUGUAUAAAUUGGCAAUCAUCAACAUAAACCACAAAAUCGGUAGGUACCUAAUUUCUAAUAGUUGCACUUAUGCGGGACAAACACUAAAAUAUUUUCUUUAAGGGCUUAUUAUAUUUUUCCUUUACCAGGACACCAUUUACGAGUCACUUUUUCUGUUUCACGAAAUGUUAGAACAGUUACCAAUACAAUAAAUUCUAAUUAAAAAAAGUACUAUAAGUACAGUCAACAACAAAGCUAUGAAUACAGGCAAAGUGUCAAAAAUAUGUAUACAGUACUUUAUUGCCUGUUCAUUAAGGUCGUGUAUGCAUAUUUUUGGCACUUUGCCUGUAUUCAUAGCUCUGUUGUUGACUGUACAAACAUAAUCGAUUUUUUGCUGAGUGUAUGUGUAGAAUAAUAAAAUUUAAUUCAUAAUUAUUGGUAACGACGUUCUAACAUUACAUAAAACUUGCGUUUACGUAUAUAAAAGUGGAGUUCAAAAGAAAUGGUCCUACCUUCAUCAACUCGCACUUUUUGCUUGUCAAAUAAACACACAUAACUAUUUAAUACACCAUCUAUUUAUUUUACAUAUUAAUAUUGUAAAAAACAUAUAUUAUUUAAAAAUAAACGUUAUUGGACCAAAAAAACGUCUCUAACUUAAUACAAAUUGAAUACAAGUUAUUCAGAUUAAUACAUAUCCAAAAUAAAAAUAAUUAACAUCAUAACCUGAUUUUCAAGCUCAUCCAAUGCUCUAAAAGUCUACAUUAAAUGAAAAUAUAAUUAUGUUUAUAUUGACAGACUACUUCAUGCAUUUCUUAAAACGUAUUUAGUGCAGAGUUUAAUUUUAUUUUUAAUAUUUAUUAAUAAAUAAUUAGGUACUAACAAUUUUUUCAAACAUAACUUCGAAUAUGUAUUACGUUCCUACGUGAGUACCUAACAAUUAUUUUUUUAUUUAAUAUGCUAUUUAUAGACAAACUCCAUAAUCUUCGUACCUACAUGUCGGAUUGUUAUUUUAAUGACUAUAAGAUAACGUAUAUAUGAAUAGCAAUGGCGUCGAUCAUUAAUAUGUACUAAAAUUACAAAACCGCAAUAUGACAUCGUUUCGACUCCCAUG